AUGGAUCUUGAAGAGCGUCCCGUUGCUGAGAAGCAUUUGCUUAACACGACUGUCAAGAACCUUACGUGGCGAGGUGUUACGGUUACGGUGAAGGAUCGCGAGACGAAGGAGCCAAAGGCUAUUGUCGAUAAUGUCGAGGGUGUCGUUGAAGCAGGCGAGAUCUGCGCCCUCAUGGGCCCUUCAGGCUGUGGCAAGACGACACUUCUCAACGUCCUAGCUCGUCGACCGACAAACGCGAGCGAUGUCGAGGCUGAAGUUCUCGUCAAUGGGAGUCGCCUAUCGCGAGCGGCUUUUAGAGAAGUGUCGUGCUUUGUUGAGCAGGAGGAUGCUCUUAUCGGAUCUUUGACCGUGCGCGAGACGCUCGAGUUUUCUUCACGACUUGCCAGCACCAGCUCUCUCCCUAAGCGCGAACGCCUCAUGCGCAUCGACAGCCUCCUCGAAUCCUUCGGUCUCGUUGGCCAAGCCAACACACUCAUCGGCACACCCAUUCGCAAGGGUAUCUCUGGCGGUCAGAAACGCCGUGUUGGUGUUGCUAGCCAACUCAUCACAAGCCCAAAGCUGCUCUUCCUCGACGAGCCUACCAGCGGCCUCGACUCAGCUGCUAGCUGCGAGGUCGUCCGGUACCUACGCGCCGUCGCCAAACGAAACAACCUAGUCGUCGUGUGCUCCAUCCAUCAACCUUCUACGUCGACGUUCAACUUGUUUGACAAGUUGUUGCUUUUAUCUGGAGGCAAGACGCAUUACUUUGGUCCUGUGGCAGAUGUUGCGACUUACUAUGCAGAGGCUGGCGCUGCGCUGCCGCAAUAUGUUAACCCGGCUGAGCAUCUGCUCGAGUUGGUUAACAUUGACUUUGCCCAGGAUAGGGAAGAGGCGGCGCGUAAGCUGGACAAGCUUCAUGCAGCCUGGCAGUCAUCUCGACAAGCAAGUGAGUUGAGCAGCGCCAUCACGACCGCCGAGUCGGUUGGGGGCAACUUGAGCAUCGAAGCAGUUGAGAAGAGGCCUAGCAUGCCUAGUCUGACGCUCACGCUCCUUCACCGGAGCUUUGUCAAGAGCUAUCGCGACGUGGUGGCGUAUGGUAUCCGCAUUGCAAUGUAUCUUGGUCUUGCCAUCAUGAUGGGUACCGUGUGGGUGCGUCUCGACGCAGACCAAGAGUCAAUCCAACCUUUCAUCAACGCCCUCUUCUUCGGAUCCGCAUUCAUGAGCUUCAUGGCCGUCGCAUACGUCCCAGCGUUCCUCGAAGACAGGCUGCAGUACGUCAAGGAGCACCACAACGGUCUAUACGGAGCGACAGAGCUGAUCCUGUCCAACUUCUUCAUCGGCAUCCCGUACCUGUUCCUCAUCUCGAUACUCUUCUCCGUCAUCUCUUACUGGCUUUCCAACUUUCAGCCUACGGCGACUGCCUUCUUUACGUGGGUUAUGUGGCUGUUCCUUGACCUUUUGGCGGCUGAGUCGCUCGUCGUGUUCAUGACGUCGCUGUUCCCCAGCUUCGUUAUUUCGCUAGCACUCGUGGCCUUUGCGAACGGCCUGUGGAUGUCUGUCGGUGGAUUUAUGGUUCCUCCCACUGUUCUCAACGUGUUUUACAAGUACGUGUUUCACUACUGGGAUUACCAGAAGUACGUCUUUGAGGGCAUGAUGGUCAACGAAUUCUCGGAGCGCGUGUAUGGUUGUGGUGAUGGAUGUCGCUGCAUGUAUGACUCGCCUUUGGCGGAUCAAUGCAAGAUUGAUGGACAGGCUGUGCUGGAUCAAUAUGGAUAUUCGACAGGGCAUAUGGGACGGGAUGUCGGAAUCAUGAUUUCCAUCAUUGCUGGAUAUCGUUUGGCGGCUUGGCUUGUUCUGAUCUUGAGGAGGUAA